UUUCUGUGGCAGCCCGGCACAACGAUAGAGGCUUUUCUUCUGACUUGACACCCUACACCAUAUACUGUCCCUUUGGGACACCUUUGAAUCCCCACCCCUGAAACUGGGGAGAACCACCUGUUUCUAAAGGACAAGACUAUAUAGUAGGGAACAGAGGGAGGCGAGGCGGUUGUGGUGGUGAAAGAGUGGACCAAGAGGUGGAUACCUUCGAUGGGUUACCAGCGGCUGGACGUACUUACGGAGGAAUGUUUGGAUUUCAGGAAAGUAUACCAGCACACCCCAAAUGAAACACAGAUGAAUGGUGGAUCGAGAGAGAGAGAGAGAGAGAAAGCGCACUAGAGAGAAGAAAAAAGCAAAAGAAGAAGAGAGGACUGACAGAAUAAGUAGAGUGAGGGAGGCAAAGAAAGGUGAACAGAGCUGCGAGUGUGUCGUGAGAGAGAGGAUCUGCUGGGAGUACAGACUAGAGCACCACCAGGGAGUGAAUUACUACUGUUACUCCUGUUCAGUCCCACCUGGAACAACCAGAACAGCUGCACCAGAGUCAAAGGAGGAAAAAGGGACGUGAUUAAGCCUCUUUGCAGUAGCAUGGAAAAACUGUUGGGCAAGUUGCUACAUUUCUAAACACGUGGGGUCUGCAAAGAGAGACAGUGUGUACACUGGAAGUAUCGCUGAGAUGAUGUCAAUGAGACAAAGCCAGCAUUGCCACUCCCUCCCCGAUAACUCUGAAGAAACCAAUGGGAGCCAUGCAGACCCUGGACCAGAACCAGAGCCUGAGGAGCUGGAUUGGGAUGGCUAUAGCACCACACUGGAGCACAGAUUAGCUGCUGAGCAGGAGAGCACCCAGGUAUCCGAACAGCGCUGUGCACAACUUGAGAAGGCCCGGCGUGAGCUGGAGCGGCAGCUGUCCGGACUCUCAGACCGUCUGGAGGAAGAGGAGACCUGCUCAGCUCAGCUGGUCCUCCACAAGGACAGACUGGAGUCUGAGUGCAGCAUCCUGAGACGAGACCUGGAGGAUCUGGAGAACGCUCUGACUGUGGCUGACCAGGAUAAACAGUUGUCAAACGGUGAGUUGAGGAGGCUGUCGGAGCAGCUUUUUCAGAGGGAAGAGGCUCUGCAGAAGCUGCAGAGCGAGAAAGAACAUCUGGUGGAGCUCAGCCAGCAGGCCAUCGAGGACCUGCAGAGCGAAGAGGAGAAAGUGAAUCUGCUGACCAAAGAGAAAACCAAGCUGCAGAUGCAAGCUGAAGAUUUGGAGUUUCAGCUGGAGCAGGAGCGCCGUCAGCGUGGUGAGCUGGAGAAGAGCAGGAGGAAGCUGGAGGGCGACAGCAGAUCUACUCAGGAGAGUCUGGGAGAGAUGGCAAAGAUGAGGAGUGGUCUGGAAGAGCUGAUCAAAAGGAAGGAUCUGGAGAUUAGCACUACCAGCUCCAAGCUAGAAGCAGAGGAGGCCCUCAGCUUCGGACUGCAGAGGAAAACCAAGGAGCUACAGGCUCGCAUUGAGGAGCUGGAGGAGGAGCUGGAAGCGGAGCGGGCCAUGAGAGCCAAGGUGGAGAAGCAGAGGGCAGAUCUCACCAGAGAACUGGAUGAUCUUACUGACCGACUGGAGGAAGCAGGAGGGGUCACUGCCUCACAGAUGGAGGUUAAUAAGAAGCGAGAAGCAGAGCUCCAACGCCUGAGACGAGACCUGGAGCAAUCUUCUGUCCAGUCCGAAGCUCUGGCUACAUCUCUGAGGAAGCGGCACAGCGAUGCUAUGGCAGAGCUAAGCGAACAGUGCGAGACUCUGCAGCGGACCAGAGCCAAACUGGAGAAGGAGAAGCAGAACCUGAGGAUGGAAGUGGACGAGCUGACCACUUCACUGGACAGUCUGCAGAAAACCAAGACAUCUUCAGACAGCCAGAUGAAGAAGAUGGAGGAGCAGCUGUUUGAGGCCAACAGGAGAGGAGACGAGUUGCAGAGGACACUUACUGAGCUCAGUGUAGCUAAGAACAGACUCACAGCUGACAAUGCCGACGUCAGUCAACAGAUAGAGGAGGCAGAGAGCAGGGUGAGCCAGCUGUCCCGCUCCAAGACUCUGCUCCAGUCCCAAAUGGAGGAGCUGAAGAAACAUCUGGACGAGGAGGUCAAGUCUAAGCAGGCGCUCAGCAGCACUCUGAGCUCAGUGCGACAGGAGUGUGAGGUGCUGAGGGAGCAGCUGGAGGAGGAGCAGGAGAGCAAGCAAGAGAUGCAGCGCCUCGUCUCCAAACUCAACAGCGAGGUGACGCACUGGAGGACUAAACACGAGGCCGACGCUCUCCAGCACGCAGAUGAGCUGGAGGAGACCAAGAAGAAGCUGGCAACCAGGCUCCAGGAGGCCGAAGAGGCAGUGGAAGCCACCCAGGCAAAAUGUUCGUCUCUGGAGAAAACCAAACAACGGCUUCAAGGGGAGGUGGAGGAGCUCUGCAUGGACCUGGAAAAGGCCAGCAGCUGCGGUCAAGCUCUGGAUAAGAAGCAGCGGGUCCUGGAGAAGCAGCUCGGAGACUGGAAACAGAAGUGCGAGGAGCUGGUGGCUGAGGUGGAGGGCUGCCAGAAGGAGAGCAGGCAGCAUGCUGGCGAGCUCUUUAAACUCAAGACAGCUCAUGAAGAGUCUCUGGAGCAGAUGGAGGCUCUGCGCAGGGAGAACAAGGCCUAUCAGGAGGAGAUAGCUGACCUAACAGACCAGCUGUCAGAUGGCGGUAAGAGUGUCCAUGAGCUCCAGAAAGCUAAAAAGAAGAUUGAGAUGGAGAAAGAAGAGCUACAGGCCUCACUGGAGGAAUCUGAGGCAGCUUUGGAGGCUGAGGAGACCAAGGUUCUGAGGCUGCAGCUGGAGUUGUCCCAGGCUAAAGGCGACUUGGAGCGGAGACUCCAGGAGAAGGAAGAAGAGAUUGAAGCUGCUAGAAAAAGUCACCAGAGGGCGCUAGAGUCCUUGCAGGCCAGUCUGGACGUGGAGGUGAAAGGCAGGGCAGAGGGACUGAAGCUGAAGAAGAAACUGGAGGCCGACAUCAACGAGCUGGAGCUGCAGGUGGACCUGCUUACCAAGAAUAACGCGGAGCUCAGCAAGAACAGCAAGAAGAUGCAGCAGCAGAUCAAGGAGUUGCAGACUCAGCUGGAGGAGGAGUUGAGGAAUCAGGAGGAGCGCAGGGAGGAGCAGGCGGCCAUGGAAAGACGCUGUGCUCUCUUGGUCGGUGAGGGUGAAGAGACCCGAGCAGCCCUGGACAACGCAGAGAGGGCCCGGAAGGCUCUGGAGACAGAGCUGCAGGAGGCCAGCGAGAAAUACAGCGACCUCAGCAACCAGUUCCAGACGGCUCUGAGCGGAAGGAGGAAGCUGGAGGUGGAUCUCCAGACUCUGCAGCAGGAGCACGAGGAGCUGCAGGCAGAGCUGAGAGGAAGCUCGGACAAGAUCAAGAAGGCCAGCUGUGAGUUGGCUCGAGUUGGGGAGGAGCUGCGUUUGGAACAGGAGCACACGCUCCACCUGGAGAGAGUGAAGAAGGGUCUGGAGGCCCAGAUCAAGGACAUGAGCAGCAGGCUGGACGAGGCCGAGCAGAUGGCUCUCAAAGGAGGAAAGAAGAUCAUUCAGAAGCUAGAGGGGAAGGUGAAGGAGCUGGAGCUGGAGCUGGACUCGGAGCAGAAGCGGCACGCUGAGACGGUGAAGACGCUGCGGAAAAACGAGCGGCGCCUGAAGGAGCUACUGUUCCAGUCCGAGGAGGACCAGAAGAACCAGCACAGGAUGCAGGAGCUGGUGGAGAGGCUGCAGAACAAGAUGAAGGCCUACAAGAGACAAGUGGAGGAGGCUGAGGAACAGGCCAACAUGAACCUGGCCAAGUACAGGAAGACGGUCCAUGAGCUGGAUGACGCGGAGGAGAGGGCUGAUAUUGCUGAGUCGGCGCUCACUAAGAUCAGGACCAAGAACAGAGGCAGCUUUGGCAAAGGAUACUCCUCUGGUUACAGCACUCCCUACCCAGGCCUGGUCCGGUCACCUAGCUCCGCGGGCUCAGAGGGCAGAGGAGAGAAGAUCCUCAACGAUGACAACGAGUCCGUCAGCUCCCUCAUCCCGGCAUAUCUCAACUCCCUCAAGAAGCUCAUGAUCGAAUAGGAAGACGGCCGCGGCAUCAGCUGAUCGGAGAACAGCGGCCGUGGUGCCCUCUGAAUAAGUGAAGCGUGGUGCAGUAUGAAGUUUGAAACAUCAUAAAGGCUCAGCGGUGUACUUUCACAGCGCAUUCAGGUCGGUCGUGUGCGCCACCUGUUUGUGAAUGCUGUACAUUCCAGAUGAAUUUCCUACAAUCCUUCCUUCCUUUGUGCGUAAGAUCACAGCUUUUUGAAAUCAUUCCAGCUUUAUACCACACACUUUUAUAUCCAUUCUUACUGUAACGUUUGUAUAUAAAAACAGACUGAAUAUGGAAAAAUAUACAUGUUUGAAAUUCACACUUAAAUGACAGCUUAUUAAUAUAUGAUAAUGAUAGUGAGUCAUUUAUUAGGCCAUGAGUUAAUUAGGACAUCAUGAGGCAUAGAAUUUUUUCCACCAUAAAUGCAAAUGUUUGUUACAUGGAGAUCCAUUAGAGAUCCAUAUAGUGCCAUGUCUGUGAUGAUUGUGUCAUUACUUGGCUAAAAUACAUAACAGACUACAAUAGUUCAGCAUAUUGUGUGCAGAAGAGCCCUUGAACUGUUAGUCAACAUCAUGUAGACGUCAAGGAAGCUAUGGAGGGAAAUUGUGCCUUAGUCAGGAUGUCAAGGGACGAAACAAUAACAAAUAUACAAUAAUAUAUUUAAAAAAAAUACACUAUGAAUAUUUCACACAACUUUAUAUACUUUAAUCUACCUGUUACGUACCUGCUUUAUUUUCUACCUGCAACCAAAAACUGAAAACGCAUUGUUAUACAACCGACUUAUCUAGAAACAAAUGAGCUCAAACUUGACGUGCUGCGCAUUUUAUGAUGUCAACUAAUGGCUUAUAAAUGACUUCACUCAACAUUGUUAUGAAAAGUUACUAUGGUGCCAUCAGUGGUUAUUUUAGGUCAAUGACAAGAAGUGCAUUGUCAAUAUAUUUUACCUAAGCUAAGUGUUUCUGAACUUUUAACCCCCCUUUAUUAUCAGUGCCUAAAUCUGUAACAAGAAUUCACCAGAUCAUUUACUGCUGAAUGUGAACAUGUUUCUUUUUUUUUAAUGAAAUAAAAUCCUUUUUUUUGA